AAAAUGUCUGCAGCCUGGUUCCCUAAUCCGGGGCACCACGCCCAGUAAUGCUUCCUCCACUCCCAGCUCGGGGUCCGCCAGCCCUCGAGGCUGGGACCUCGUUCCGGGCCUUGGGGAGAUCGGGGCAGGGGUUGGUCCGCCUCAGGGGCUCCCCUGCCAGAUUUCGCGACCCCGUUUCAAUACCGGCCCCGGGAGACCCACUGGAAUUGCUGCGGUCUCUGAGGAGCCCGUGCGGAAAGUGACACCACAUGUCUUCGCAUUUCGUGCAGUUGUCCAUCACCCCCCUAGAUUCGGCGAGACCAAGCUGCCGCGACUCCUCCCCCAAGCAGGCGCGGUGGGGCGGGGGCCCGCCUGGGUGGGCGGAAGCCUGGUCUCACUAGCACCAGAGCUCUUGAACGUCACCUCUCUCCUACUUUGCUUCUAGCUUCGCAAUAAAAAAUAAUAAUAAAAAAAAAAAAACCUUGGGGUUGUCUCUGGAUCCGAAGUGAAAGAAAACGGGAGAGAGAGGACUUCCAGUACCAGCAGAGGAAAGGGGAGACUUGGGGUCAAACCGUGCAUAGGCUGCUGCCCGGAGAUACGUCGAGUUUAGAUUUCGUUGACCCUCCCUGACGGUGAAUGUUGUCUAUGUGCCCCGAAGUUUCACUCUUCAGCACGAGCUUCGAGGCGGCAGCAGCAGAGGACCAGUGGUCAUAUUCUGAGUUAGGAGUUCUUAGCCUGGAGCCCAAGGGCGCUCCGAAAAUGAUUGCAGGGUGUAGUUUUUUCAGAUUAUCAUGACCCGGAAAUGGUUAACAGAACCACUUCGAUGUAAGCCUUCCACUUUGGACGCUCUGUUUUCUGCCCCCGUUCUUGAAAUCGCUGACUCAAAUGCAGCUAUGCCUUUUCCCCCUUUUUCCUUGCAACAAUGAAGUGUAAGAUACAGACCCUUUGUCUCUGAGGAGUUUCGUGGCUGUUGGAGAGAUUAAAACGUAUGCCAAGUCUAAACUAUCUAGAAAAUUUCAGGGAGGCAUAUAAACAAGUGUGUAAGUUUACUUAUUCUUAAUAAAGUAGGGGAGAAUACCCAAUUUGAAUCAUUGAUACCUAUGAAUUGAAUAUUUUUAACUUGCAUUCCAUUAAUUAAUACUGUAUAUAUUUUAAACAGAUAAAUGGCUACUGAUUAGCAAAAUGGAAACUAUUAGAGUUUAUAGUAUAUUGCAUAAUGUAUAAGGGGAUAGUCCUUCACAAAAGGCAAAAAUUACAUAGUAUGAAAUGACCAAAAUAAUUUUUGGAUUUUUCCCUUAGUAGUCAUCAUAUGCAUAAGAUGUUUAAUUACUGCAAGUCUUGGAUUUUUUUAGGAUCCAAAGUAAUAAGCUUUACACUGGUUCAACAGAUAUUUAUUGAGAACCUGCCAUGUGCAAGGCACUGUUAAAAAUAACACUGUAUUUACCGCCAAGGAGCUUAUAGUUUGAUAAGAACAUGGAUUCCUAAACAGUUAUACCUAGAGAGCCGUACAGCAUACCGUGCUUUCUCUACAGUUUGAUAUAUGCUUUUUCAUAGAAAUACUCCACCUUCUUUGCUGUAAUCUUAAAUGUUCCCCAACUGAUACAUGGCUCUUAUACAGCCGAAACUUAUCAUGGUUGAAUUUAUGUAUAUUGCAUUAUUUUCUUCUUCCAACGCCGAACUCAAGUCUGCUUCACAGUUGUCACAAAUGGCCAAUUUUUAAAUUCAUUUUUCACUCUUAAAUGUGCUUGUUUUCGUACAACUGCAAGCAUAUGUCAUUGGUGUGAACUUUGAAAUUUUUUUCUAAUUUUAUAUAGAUGACCCCAGAGUAAUUAUACUUUGGCGUUCCUUCCUUAUUUUAGAAUAUUACCUCAAAAACUUCCUAUUUUUUUCUUUGCUGAAGACAUUUUAAACUGUUUCACAGAUGCCUUGUCAUUUGUAUUUGUUCCAUCUCUUCUCACAAGUAGCAAUCAUUCCCAUACCCUUUAGUCAGUCAAUCAACCAGUAUUUAUUAAGUACCUACUUUUUGUAAGACUCUGUGGCUGGCCUUAUAUGAGCCAAAAAAGUAGAAGACAAGGACCUUGCCUUCCAAUUGAUUACAGUUUAGAUGGAAAGACAAUAUGACCAUAACUAUACUGCAAGGCCACAUGUAACAAGUAACCUAAAGGGGAUGCUGAUAAUAAAGACCACAUAAUUCAGAGGAGGAAAAGAAUGCUUUGUGGCAUCUUUAGCCUUUAAAAGAAUCCCCUUCCUUGCCUAGUCUUUUUUAAACCACACAGAGCUCCAUGGGGAGCUUGGAGCCUCUUGGGGAAAUCUUGUGCUAGGCUAGGUCAGAGAGUAGAACUGAGAUUUCAAGGGUCAGAACAUUUGCAUCCAGGUUUACCCAGCUCCUUCAGCAACUAUUAUAAUCUAUUUCUUAUGAUUAAGAAAAAAUGAUAUUAAUGAAUGAAUCAUUGAUCUAUUUGAAAUCUGGUUUUAGUAGUGGGAAGGCCUCAGAGAACCUCUAACUAAGGACAGGUGUGCUCAGCGAGACUGUGUAUGCCUAAAACAUCUUUGUUUCAGGCAGUUUGGAGCAUGUGAACGUACUCUGAGCCUUGAUGAGUUCCAGUAUGUGGUAUAUUAUGCAGAGCAUUCAGAGCAAAUACUCUCUCUCAGAGCGCUUAAUCCGAACAAUCGCUGCCAUUCGCUCCUUCCCACAUGACAAUGUAGAGGACCUCAUCAGAGGGGGAGCAGAUGUGAACUGUACCCACGGCACGCUGAAGCCCCUGCACUGUGCCUGCAUGGUGUCCGAUGCUGACUGUGUGGAAUUACUGCUGGAGAAGGGAGCUGAGGUGAAUGCCCUGGAUGGUUAUAACCGAACAGCCCUCCACUAUGCAGCUGAGAAAGAUGAGGCUUGUGUGGAAGUCCUGUUGGAAUAUGGUGCAAACCCCAAUGCACUGGACGGCAACCGAGACACCCCACUUCACUGGGCAGCCUUUAAGAACAAUGCCGAGUGUGUGCGCGCCCUCCUGGAGAGUGGGGCCUCUGUCAACGCCCUGGAUUACAACAAUGACACCCCGCUCAGCUGGGCUGCCAUGAAGGGAAAUCUUGAGAGCAUCAGCAUCCUUCUUGAUUAUGGUGCGGAGGUCAGAGUCAUCAACCUAAAAGGCCAGACGCCCAUCUCCCGCCUGGUGGCUCUGCUAGUCAGGGGACUUGGAACAGAGAAAGAGGACUCUUGCUUUGAGCUCCUCCACAGAGCUGUGGGACACUUUGAAUUAAGGAAAAAUGGCACCAUGCCACGAGAAGUGGCCAAAGACCAGCAGCUAUGUGAAAAACUGACUGUUCUGUGCUCAGCCCCAGGGACCCUCAAAACCCUCUCUCGCUAUGCUGUGCGCCGGAGCCUGGGACUCCAGUAUCUGCCGGAUGCGGUGAAGGGCCUUCCACUGCCAGCUUCUCUGAAGGAAUACCUGUUACUCGUAGAAUAGCCCAGAGGAGACGAGUGCACCGUCAGGCAGGCAACUCUGGGUGAGGUUUUGCCCUGCAGCACUGUCUCUGUCUUGGAAAACAGGGAAAGCAGUUGUUCCUGCUCUGUGGUUUCUAUUUCGAGGCAACAUGUCACAACAGUAACCUCCACAUCACCUCCCCUCCCCAAACCAAGCAACCAAAAACGUCCCUCACUUUUGUUUCUGUUUCUUACUUACCUGGCCUUUCAUAUUGCACCCUGAAAAGGAAGAGGUCUCCCUAACCCUCCCUUUAGGGAAAAAGUCAACAGUGAGACUAAAUUUGUCUCGGAAGAUGAAGCGUAUUUAUAGAACAUGUGUUUGGUUUUCCUUUGGGGACCUGAUUAACGUUUUCAGAAGAAUCCCUCUUAGAAACAUUUUAAUUGAUCUGUGAAGAAGUUUAAGAAAAUUCCAGCUAACAAUUGCAGCCCCCAAAUGAAGAUACUACAACCUCAAAUGGUGUGCAGGUUCAGAAUUGGGCUGGAUGAUAUCCCUAGAAUCAUCCUGGGGCAUUCAGAAGGGACUGGCCCCCUUUCUCACCAUCGAAGGGAAGGGCAGCCUUUGCUUCUUUUCCAUGGGUGUGCCCAAGGGUUACAGUAGUUCAGCAAUAUUAUUUUAGAAAGACGGUCUUGCUGCUUUCCAUAUAGUAGAAGGGAUAGGAGGUUCUAAGCAGUCCUAAGAACUAAAAGUCCUCAAAACUUUUCUUCUAAUGCAGUUCUUUCUCCUCCUGACAGCCAGUUUGCUCUAGUGGGCUUGAUAGGUACUUCCUGCGCCGUAGGCAAAGGUGUUUGCUGUAGCACAGGAGGACGUGGGCUGGGCUGCCUUUUCUCUCUGGUCUUCUUCAUUCACUCUGCUAAGAGUUUGGAAUUUGUUUUGUUUUGUUUUCAGGUGUUUUGGAAACUUUACUUUUUACUGAUCUAUACUAGACAUUGGUGGAGGGGGUGGAGAGUUGAGGAGUGGGGGAGGAGCAUUAUAAGAGCUUCCUCAGAGAUGACCCACCUACCCAAAAAAGAUCUGUUUUAGUGAACAAUACUUAGUCUACAGUACUCUCCCUUUUCAUGUUCCUAAACUAGAUCAAGUUGUUAUUGAUCCUAGAUGACCUUAUGCAAAUGUGGAAAACUUUUUUUUUUAACUGAUUGGGAACUAUAAAUAAAAAUGAACUGCUGACACAGCUAAUUUGAAAAAGUUUGUCUGCUUUUGUCCUUUUGCUGUUGGUGUUUUUUGCUCACUUAAAAAGAAAAAAGAAAUAAACAGUUCUAAAAGCAA